AUGGGCAUAUUGAAAGCACGCACGCUGGCAAUAGUGCCCGGGACGACCCUUUUGAUGGCAGGUGGUGCGGCAGCCGCGAUUCCAGCUGGUGGUUAUAUCUACGCCGCUGACAGUCCGAAAGCAGAUCCUAUACAUGGUAAUAAUGGAAAUGUUCUCACUGGUAGGCCACAGGUUACAAGGUGCAUUGUCAUUGCUGUUUGUGCCCUUGUAGUAACCAGCUUCCUCGCAAUCUGCCUCUGGCGCUUCAUCCGUCGUCGUCGCCGUCGCAGAAGACGUAGUACAGAUGUGGAAAUCGCAAACGUCUCCAGAAGUCGUAGACGGACUUCAAGAAGACGAAGACGAAGAGAGCCUCCACCACCCUAUUCUGCUACUGCAUUCCCGCAACCAUUGACAAUGCAGUAUCUUGAAGAGAAUCGGAUGGCAACUAUCGAUGGGAUUGAGGAUAGGGACCCUGAUUUGCCCAGGGUGCCUGCACCAGCUUAUAAACUAUAG